CCCCACCACUGGCUUCAUGGCUAUUUCGCUACUCGUGGAUCUGAAAUUCCACUGGAACAGACAUAUUUCAAAUGGGAUGUUCCAGUGCCUCCGGUUGUGGCUGGUCUGAAGUCAUUCAUCGCUCUCCAAAUAUUUUUCAGUCUUUCGAGUACACCCACAAAAUGCUCGAUGCUCACACUGGUUUAUCGCAUUGUAUCCAAAAGAAAGGGGUACUUUCCGAAGCUCGUUUUGGGCGCGAUGGUUGUUUUUGUGGUGCAAUCACUUCUGUAUUGCUUCAUGGUUGUCUUCCAAUGCCAGUAAGUCGCUAUUGCUAUUAAGCCUAUUUCAUCAGAGGUAACUGAUUGAUGCUGACGAAUUGGACAGUCCGAUUUCUGAUUACUGGGCCCUGCACUUCGGGCCACAGCACAAUUGUAUCAAUCAGCCUGCUAACCUCCUUGCUGCCGGUAUAAUCAACACUGUUUCCGAUCUCAUCACUGUGCUUCUCCCCAUCCCAACAAUCGCAAAUCUCCAGCUUCCUAGGCGUCAACACGUUGUAGUGAUCGCACUAUUCGCAGCUGGUGGACUCGUGACGGCAGCAGGAGCCGUGAGAACAUAUUUCACAUGGGAAAUAACCACAAACCACGAUGCAUCAUGGUACGGACUGCCAGUUCUCUGGAGUAGUAGUUUAGAGCUCUAUGUUGGCAUUGUAAGACUCCUCCUUCCUCUUUCUCGUUCUCGCUCUCGCUUAACUCCAGCGACUCUGGGAGAAAGAGGCAACAACUAACUUACGGAAUCUAGAUAUGCGCCUCUAUCCCAGCCAGCAAGCUCUUCUUCACAGUCUACCUCCCAACCAUCCUCAAAGGCAAAAUCUUCUCAACCUUCCACUCAACAUCCAACCGUCUCACCACCGACGAGUCCUCCCAUUCCUCUCCCUCCCACUCCUCCACCGACAAAGACCAAGACCCAGACCUCGAACUAGGCCCCAUCACAAGACCCAAGAAAACCGUCCCAUCCCGCGAAUUCCGCAAGUCGUUCAACACCAAACUCCUCUCUCCGCUCCACACCCACUUCACAACCUUCAAGCGCGCCUCCGAAUCCCCCUCCAACGGCUCAAUCACCCUCGCCGGCUCCGUGACAUCAUCCGGGUUAGGUGACAUGGAUCGAUUCCCGCGUCCGCCACGUCCUAUUUCGGAGAGGAAGAGUAUGGUGUCCGCGAUAAGCGAUUUGGAUGAGGGGGGUGAAUCUAGUGAUUUGGCCUCGAGUCGGAGUUCGAGGGGGGAGGGAGGGGAUAGGGUGUUCGAUAGUGUGAGUAGUAAGGUUGAUUUGGUUAGUCCUGUUUCUCCAGUGGGAUCGGUGAAGGGUGAUGGGUCGGAGUGGGAAUUUGGGAGGAUGGGAGGCGGUCCGAUGGGUGGGGUGGGUAAGCAGUUUUAUGUGGAUUGA